GCUAACGUCCAAUCAAACAAGACCACAGUUUUGAAUGUGAGCCGAUACCGAAAAACUACAGCACCGAUACUAAUCUAUUGGGCCCCGGUUCGCCAUUUGGGACUUUGUCCUUUUUUUGGCUCAUCGUCACCUUUGAAACCCCAGCGACCUUUUUAUCUUCCACAGUUAUUUCAUGGGAACCCAGGAGGGAGAGAGAAACUGGGUUGAUGUGGCAAACAAUCUCCUCAGCAGGUGUAACGUAAACCUUAGGGUGGGGGUGCUGUCGGACUGCAAUGCACAUGUUUUCAUCACUUUAUACGAGAAGAUCCUCGGAGAGACGGUUCCAGAUUUUAUUAAAUCGCCGAGCAGUCUGGAAGAUGAGGUCCACAAUGUUCAAUCUGUGAUUGACUCCCUGUCUCUGGAUUACCUUCAGAUCAGCCUCUCCCACAUCACAGGAGAAAAUGUGGUGAGAGGAGACAAAGAGUCGAUCAAGAACCUCCUGGAAAUCUUCGAUGGUCUCCUGGAAUACCUCAAUGAGGAGUCACAGAAUGGCGAUGAACUCAAUGACCCUCAAAGUGGAGAUGAAGCAGAUAAAAACAAGAAGCCAUCGAAGGAGCCACAGCAGGAGGAGACGGCGGUGUCACCCGGUGCAGAAAACACUGAGGAGGCUGGAUCGGCCUGUGGGCUCGACGGUUUUGGAGGCUCUGAUCAGAUAUUCACUAACAAACAAGACGAAGAACCCGCUGUCCCUCCAGAAACAUCAGACAGUGUCACAGGUCCUGUUGACAAUGGGAGAGCUCCACACAGUGAACAGAUCUAUUCAGCCAUCCCGUUACAGCCACCCAACCAGUGUGACACCCCCCACUCUGUCCCUGACGUCGCCCCCCAGUCCCCCAGCUGUCCUCCAACAGCUGCUCCCCUCAUCCAAGGACCUUCAGAGGAGGAAACGCCUGAGCCAGCACAGGCUGAGAUGCUGAAACGAGUUCUGGGAGAAAGUGAUGAGUCCAGUGAAACGAGGGAGGAGGACAGGCAGUCCGGCUGCAGUGACGGCAUCAUGGAGGGCUCACCUGAUCCGCAAUCCACUGAGCAAACAUGCUCUGCGUCACCUUCUCCUCCUCGCGAUCCUAGCUCCUUACACGGACAGCUAGAGGAAGCCAUUGCAGAGGCUUUGAGCCUGGAUGACGGGAGACAGACUAACCUCCAAGUUACUGACCCUUUAAAACAGGGAGAGUCACACCUCAGGCCGCCUCGGAGAAAUUACAACCAGCAUCUGGAGAAUGAAGCUUAUGAAGAGGAGCUGAGGGGAUAUGAAGAGAGAGAGCGGACAAAACUACACAAAGCCCGCCUCAAUGCUCAGAAGGCUGAGCAAGAGUACAGGGAGGCCAUCCUACGAGAUGUUUCCCCGUCAUCCAGACCGUCUCCCAGCAAAACAAAGACGCAACGUAAAAAAACACGAACAGCACAACCAGUCGCACAAAAAGGCCUCGGCGGCCCCAAGAAAGCUCCAUCAUUGAGAAUAAAAGAGAAUGAACUUCUCCCUUUGCUGCGGGAGGAACUGCCUCACCUUCAAGUCUCUCCUCAUGCUUUGGGCCGAAUGUGGGAGCAGCAAAUGCAGCAGGUGGACAGACUCCGUGCUUCAUCCUCCUCGCACAGUCCACAUCACUACAAACUCUCCAAGCAGUUGGAGGAAGCUCAGAGGAAACAUGACCUGCUGGUGGAUCUCGUGCAUAAAGACCAGGACCACAGCAGACGUCUGCGGGAUUUCAAAGAGCGGAUCCAGCAGCAGAAGUCUGUGCAGAACAGACUGAGGGAGCAGAGGCAGCAGGUCGCCCGAGCUAAGAAAUACCACAACGACUACCAUGUUCAGCACCGCGCCCGCCUCAUGAGGGCUCGCACUAAGGAGGAGAAGAUGUUUCGGCAGCUGUUUGAAGAAGGUCUGCAGUUACAGAAGCUCAGAGUGAGGGAGCAGAGAGCCUACGCCAAGGAGCAGCGACUGGAGCAUCAGAGACGACACCAGGAUCAGAUCGAGUCCUUGGAGAACUACUACAAGGAUCAGUUUUCACUACUUGCUGAAAAACUUGCAGAGGAGCGGCAGGAGAUCCAGGCUCGGAAAAAAGCUCAAGAAAAGGCUCUGCUGAAAAUGAAGCGGGAGCUGCGUUCUCGGAUGGAGCGGGAAAUUAGGGACCUACAGAGAAUCAUCAUCCAGAACGAUGAGGACGACUACUUCCAGGAUCUAGAGGUCCAGAGGCUGCGGAGCCGAGUCAACAUGGCUUCCUUCCAGUACAACACCAGCUAUCUACACUGACCAGGAAAACCAGACCAGUGCAGGUCCAAAUCUGGGAUUAUAUCUACAUCCACGGAAAGACUUGCAGCAGAUUACUGUAAUUCAGAACCAACGGUACAAGAAUCUAACGCACAAACCUUCUCAGGCCUCUUUUUUUUUUAGAUUUGCACAGAAGAGAACGUGACGAGUGUGAGAACGCAAUCUUAAGUUUUAUUAAUGAAUUUCACACACUGACAAAAUGUAGCUUUAGCUCAUGUAGCUAACUCUUCCUCCCUUCUGCUGCUACUCCUGAACUUCAGACAUCUUGGACCAAGUCCUCCUCCAUGUCCUCCUCCUCCUCGGUUCAACGUGUUGAAUAAGAAUGUUUUAUUUUCCUGACUGCAGUCAUUUGUGCUUUUAUUGUGAAACAGUGAAAUGUUCCCUUUGUUGCCAAAUAAGGACCGCAGAGAGAAAGUUGUCACACUGACGAGUUUUAACUUUAUCUUCCUUUUACACAAGAUGUCUUCCUUUUUAAUACGUAAACCAUGAGGGGAUUAUUUAUUUAACUUUAAUGUUUGAUUUUAAAUUAACCUGGAUUGAUCUCUGGUCACCAGGGGCAACGGUAAUCAGUCUGUUUAUGAAUUCACUUUAACCUCUGCUUGAUUGUUACUCUAUUUUUAACCAAAUCAUGAAACCUAAAAGGACCCAUUGAUUCUGCCACUUAAUUCUGCACAUUGUUUUUUGUGGAUAUGAAGCAAAAACAAACAUCAACAUCUAUUAAAUGUGUGGAAUCACUGGUUUAAAUGCAUUAAAUU